AUGACAUCACCCACGUUGGUUCCUAUACUUCCUACCAUUCUAUUUGCCAUUCCAUUCAGCAUACCAUAUUUGCUGCUGCUUCGAAUAAUUUCUCAACGGACUCUCACUGCUCAAACAUUAUCCAGACUUACCAGAUCACUCGUUGCCAUUAUUUCUGUCGUACCCAUUGGACUUGCUCUCGCAUCCGACACGGCGCCGAAUACAUUUCGAUGGAGAAUGAUGGUACUAUGGCCAUGGGAAGAGAAAGACUUGAUUGCAUCAGCCAAGACUUGUGUGCGCGAAGUUGUUGAGAAUUCCACUCUUGUUAUACCGGAUGAUCCACGUAGCAUGAUGAUUGACCGUAUAUGUCAGAGAUUGUGGAAUGAGGGUGUGACUAUGGAGAACAAGAGGCUGAUCGAGAGAGAACCAAAAGUGUUGUUGAUUCACGAUGACGACGUAUUGGAUGGUGUGUCGUAUCCGUCUUCAGACAUUACGAUUACAACGGGAUGGCUGAGACUGGUUGAUUUCGAUGAAGAGAUGAUUGCAGCUAUAAUCGCUCAUGAAAUAGCGCAUAUACUACAAAGCCAUGCGGCAGAAUUCUAUGGAAUGUCAUACAUAGCCAAAGUAAUAAACCAGUACAAGCAAAUAGUGAGAAUUGGAGGCAGUCACUCAAAUAACGACAAUGGCGAUGAUAGCUUAGAUGAUGGUCAGACAAAUCUCCUGCGCCCGCGUGCAUUUCUUCAAAAACACUCUCAGAUACUUGAACGUGAAGCUGAUAUCGUCGGACAAGAGAUAAUGGCUCGUGCCGGAUAUGAUCCUGGUGCCGCUAUUGAAUUAUGGCAGCUCAUGGUCGACUUGGAAAAAUUUCAGCAAGAGCAACUGUCUCUACCUUCACAAUCUUCCAUUCCAGUGGGCUCCAGUCAUGGACAUGGAGUGCGACAUAGUAGUGAAGAGGAUAAUGAUAUUAUUAUGCAUCCUCCCAGAAGAGAGAGAGUAAAGUACUUGACUGAGAAUUUGCUUACGGUGCAGAAAUUAUAUGAAGAAGCAGCCGCAAAAGGAAAAUCAGCCGACAACUUUGAAGGCGAUUUAAAUUUGCAGAGAAUAGAAAUGACACUUUGGGGUAUAUUUUAUGAUAUAAACGGGUUUUCAUAA